ACCCCCCCCCCCAGCAGUCUAACAGAACAAUGUGAAGGUAACCAGAUAGCAGCUCCCUAACACAAGAUUAGCGUGAGCUUGUGGAGAGAGUUGUUUUCCCAGGCCCCUGGGGGUCUGGGAGGGACCGUUUGAACAGCAAAAGCAAGGUUUCAGCCUUGUAAAUUCAUUUGUUUGGACUUUUAUUCAGUUUUUCCUCCCCAAAGUGGCAGCAUGAGGAAGAAAGUGGCUAGGAGCCCUAAGAGCAGUGGGGAAGCCAAGGCUAAGAGUCCUGGUGCACAUCUGGCCACAAGCAAACGUGUGACUAGAACUAGAGUUUGUGCUGCAACUGUGGAAGCCAAGAAACCCAGUGAGUAUUGCAGGAGAAAAUCAAAGCUGUUUCUGCUGCUGGGAGGAAAGGUAAUGGAGGAAAAGGGAAUGAGGUACCUGCGGCCAUCUUGAAUGAGGGAAAAAGUGCCGAACACCUGAAAGGAAUCCCUGGUGAAUGUUCUGGUUCUAUUGCUUUGGACUGUGACUCCCUGGACGGUCAGGCUGUGUGGAGGUCUGUGCUCCCCCUGAGAGGAUAAACUCUGCAGUCACAGCGAGACCCCCCUGGGAAGUAACCUGCACAGAACUCCCCUGGGGUCACAGACUCCAUGGAGGAAAGACACAGCAGCGGCAGUGCAGGGCAGGAGGAAGCAGCUGUACCUGAAAACUCCCAUGGGAACCCAGGAGGAUGCUGGGAGGAAGGUCAAGCAGCAGGAGAAGUGAGUUCCAUGUGCUGGUCAGAGGAGAAUCCAAGAUGGUGCCGGUGUGUGAGAAUCUGGCAGUGAGUGAAGCAGAGAAGGCUCUGGAGAGAAGGAGCAGUGCUGGGGCCACUAUAAAGCAGGCAAAGAGAGGCUCCUGUUUCUACCCGGGCCAGCCGCGGCAGUGUUUCAGGUGUGGGUCAAGGCGCCAUCUGGCCAGUAAAACUCUGACAACAAGGUGUGUGCACUGUGUGGGGCCCAUGGCCACAUCAGUAAGGAGUGCAAUAAGAUCCGCUGUAAUCUGUGUUCAUCCUUGGGCCACACAUACCGCCAGUGCCCAGAUGUUUGGCACUAUUUUGUCAAGGCUUGUCCCUGGUGGAGAGGGAGCUCAUUGGGAAAGAAGUGAUAGAGCAGGAAGUGAGGAUGGAAGCAGCAGAGGAGAUGAGGCCGGAAAGGGAAUGUUAUGGAGGCAGCAGAAGGGAGAGUGGAGGGACAGAUUGAGAAAGUGAAACAGGAAGUUCAGGGAGGCAGGUGGGAGGUUCCCCAGUACAAGGAUUGAGGGAGGAAGACUGGCGAGUAGUGGGGAAAUCAAGAAAGAAGCCAGGAAACCGGUACUUGGUACUGACAUACCCGCCUCAAACAAGUACCUCCUGCCAGACGGGAAGAGCUGGGGAGACCUAGCAGAGGAGGAGGAUUUGAGAAAGAUAGAGAGGGAAGAGGAAGAAAUGUAAGUUACAGAGGAAAAGAAAAAGAAAAGGCAGAGUAAUAAGGCAGAAGGUGACAGUGAGGUGGAAGGCCGGGAGGAACAGAAAGGGAGGUUGCAGGUUCAUGCAAGCGAAUCCCCUGUUUUUCUACAAGAGCAGCAUGUGGGGAAGGAGCCCAUCAUAGAGGAUCGGGGGAAGAAAAGGAAAGGAAGGGCCCCUAAACUGGGAAAGCAGGAGUUUCAGAGGGAGGGGGGCUGGUGUUUCUGGAGGUUGAAGGUGAUUCCCAAGGAGUAAAAGGAAUUCAGGUAAAGAGAUUUGUGGAUGGAUUGGGUGAAGAUUUUGUUAAAUCCCCAAAGGCCCCAAAAUCCUCAAAGAAAUCUAAAGGGGCAACUAAUUACAGUUUAAUGUAAUAUAGUGAGUGUCUGGAAAAGGAGAGGAAGCUUUCAGUUAAUGAUACAGCUGUAAGGGAAAGUUUUUCGGGGAGAAACAAUUUGCUUAUUAACUGUUUGGUUUGUAUAUGUUACAUUGUUGUUUGUGUAAAGAAGAUAGUAUAUUGCUCUCUUUUUUUGUGUUAUGUUAUAAGAUUUUGUUACUUUGUUAUAGUAUUUUCUCAAUAAAAAAAAUUCCCUAACACAGGAUAACAGUUGCCUGGUAGAUAUAAG